CGAAUAGUUCGGGUAGUGGCCGCUCAAAGCGCCUGUGUUUGCCCAGAGAGAAGACUUCUUUCUGGUUUGCCAGUGUAAACUAAAAAUUGUAAGCGCGUGUCUACUAAGAGAUAAAAAAUAUUUCAUUAACAGUAAAAACACAUAAAGUUCAAUUAAAACCAUAAAAAAAUGUUGGUUUUAUUUGAAACUCCAGCGGGGUACGCAAUAUUCAAGCUACUCAAUGAAAGUAAGUUGGAAAAGACAGAAAAUUUAUACAAAGACUUCGAAACUCUUGAAGGGGCAAGCAAAUUAUUAAAACUAAAACAUUUUGAGAAAUUCUCCGAUACAACAGAAGCCCUAGCAGCAACGACAGCAGCUGUAGAAGGAAAACUAUGUAAAGGUUUGAAAAAAACCCUCAAAAAAUACUGUACUGAGGUGCAAGACCAGUUGGCAGUGGCAGAUGCUAAACUUGGGAAUGCAAUAAAAGAAAAACUGUCGUUAUCAUGUAUCAGUAAUUCAUCGAUACAAGAACUGAUGCGAUGUAUACGAAGUCAGAUGGAUGGUCUUCUAGCAGGAUUUCCAAAGAAAGAAAUGACUGCUAUGGCCUUAGGAUUAGCUCAUAGUCUGAGUCGAUAUAAAUUAAAAUUUUCACCUGACAAAAUAGACACAAUGAUUGUUCAAGCGGUAGGGUUGCUUGAUGAUCUAGACAAAGAACUCAAUAAUUACAUCAUGAGAUGUCGAGAAUGGUACGGAUGGCAUUUUCCAGAGCUUGGAAAAAUUAUAACAGACAAUAUAGCAUUUGUAAAAGUAGUAAAACUCAUUGGAACCCGUGAAAAUACCGCAAACACAGAUCUUUCCGAUAUAUUACCAGAAGAAGUGGAAGAGAAAGUGAAAGAAGCUGCUGAGAUUUCAAUGGGAACUGAAAUAUCUGAUGAUGAUAUUCUUAAUAUCCAACAUUUGUGUGACCAAGUGAUAGAAAUUUCACAAUAUAGAGGUCAACUUUAUGAUUAUUUACGAACUAGAAUGAUGGCUAUGGCUCCAAACUUGACAGUUUUAGUUGGAGAAUUAGUAGGAGCUCGUUUAAUAUCAUCUGCAGGAUCUCUUAUCAAUUUAGCUAAACACCCAGCAUCAACUAUUCAAAUUCUCGGUGCUGAAAAAGCUCUUUUCAGAGCUCUGAAAACCAAAAAAGACACUCCCAAGUAUGGUUUGAUCUAUCAUGCACAACUGAUCGGUCAAUCAUCAACAAAGAAUAAAGGAAAAAUGGCAAGAAUGUUAGCAGCCAAAACAGCAUUGGCUACCAGAGUUGAUGCUCUCGGUGAAGAUGGUAAUUUUGAUCUUGGAACAGAACACCGAGCAAAACUGGAAUCAAGAUUGAGGAUUUUGGAAGAAGGAAAUUUAAAAAGAAUCAGUGGUACUGGUAAAGCCAAAGCGAAAUUUGAGAAGUAUCAUGUUAAAUCAGAGGUAAUUCAGUAUCCAGCUGCUGCAGAUGCAGUUUUUAGUCCUGGUAAGAAAAGGUUACACUCGGAAUCUGAGAAAAAAGGUGUUUUAAUCGAGGAGAUUAAGCAAGAGGAUGAAAUGGAGGGGCAGAAAAAUGAUGGAAACGAAGGUGUGCCGAAAAAAAAGAAGAAAAGGGUAAAGAGUGAAGGAGAAGUCGAAAGUCAAAGAGAUGCUUCUUCGUCGAGUGUUGUAGAUAGCGCGGGUGAGAGCAUCAGUAAGAAAAAAAAGAAGAAAAUGAAGCAAGAAGAUGGUGGAGAGAUGGAGAUUGAGAUUGCGGUUGAAGAAGAGAAAAAAGAUGAGAAGAAGAAGAAAAAGAAGAAAAUAAAAGAAGAAUCGAUAGAACAGCAGGAUGAGGACGGAGUUGAAGUUAAGGAAGAAUUUGAAGAAUCAACAGAGGCACCAAUGAGUGAAAAGAAAAAGAAAAAAAAGAAGAAAUCACAAUCGAAUGAUUAAUUAAUAAAUAAUUACUUGAAUAAUUUAAAGAAGAAUUAUUAAGUAAAAAUUA